GACAAACCUGAUCAGACAAAACCAAUUACAUACAACAAUUCCUAGCUGAUAAAUUAUUUAGACUCUAGUUAGGCUUGGAGUGUUUCUAGGUCUUAUUUGGGAUUAUUUAAUGCUUUGACUUUUCUACUUUUCUGUAGUAGAGGUAAAAAGACAUUCAAGGGUCAGGCAACACCUAUCUUUUUGUUAUAACCAUUGAAAAAGUUAAUGUUUCUCCUGUUUCACUAACAGUAAUAGCUGAGAUAUAAUAUUUUGGGGGAUUUGGCUACAUUGUCACAAAUGUACAAUAUACCUGUUGAGAAGGGAGGGGCUACUAUGUUCAUGCUGAAUUUUGGAAAUAAAUAAAAUAAUGCAAUCUGCAUAUUUUGUAUCUGUGGGAACUCUCUGACAUUUGAAUUCAAACAUGACUUUAUAAUUACAGUUUAAAUGAAAGAGGGAAACUAAUAAAUAGCAUCUUCUUUUCCACAGUGAUCAGUUUCUUUCACGGAGCCUUCUGAAAACUAAACCUCCAGAAAACACUAAAUACCUGGAGGUCUCACCUAUAAACAUGGACAAAUGCGUACUUCUCAUUUCAGAGAACUGGGAUUUUUCUUUUUUUUUUUUUUAAAGGAAGGAGUCAACUUUGGCUUUGAGUGUUUGGCGCAGGUACAAUGCCUUAUAAAAGCAGAUGACUGGCUUUGCUACUGACCAUGCUGAUGACCACCGUCCAGAACUGGAUCGAAGCACAGAAAAACAGCAAAUGGCUCUUUCUUAUAGAAUGUCUGAACAAAACACAAUUCCUGAACACAAUUUGCAGAGCACAUUUGAUCACUUAAUUUCUUCUAACCGUACUGGAUUACAGACAGAAUCAAUACCAGAAGAAAUGAAACAGAUUGUUGAGGAACAGGGAAAUAAACUACACUGGGCAGCUCUUCUGAUACUCAUGGUGAUAAUACCCACAAUUGGUGGAAAUAUCCUUGUUAUUCUGGCUGUUACACUGGAGAAAAAGCUGCAGUAUGCUACCAAUUACUUUCUAAUGUCCCUGGCAGUGGCUGAUAUGCUGGUUGGAUUGUUUGUGAUGCCGAUCGCCCUCCUGACAAUUAUGUUUGAGGCCAUGUGGCCCCUCCCACUUGUUCUGUGCCCUGCCUGGUUAUUUCUUGAUGUUCUCUUUUCAACUGCAUCCAUCAUGCAUCUCUGUGCCAUUUCAGUGGAUCGCUACAUAGCCAUCAAAAAGCCAAUCCUGGCCAAUCAAUAUAACUCAAGGGCUACAGCGUUCAUCAAGAUAACAGUGGUAUGGUUAAUUUCAAUAGGCAUUGCCAUUCCAAUUCCUAUUAAAGGGAUAGAGACUAAUGUGGAUAACCCAAACAACAUCACUUGUGUGCUGACAAAGGAACGAUUUGGCAAUUUCAUGCUCUUUGGCUCACUGGCUGCUUUCUUUACACCUCUUGCAAUCAUGAUUGUCACCUACUUUCUAACUAUACAUGCUUUACAAAAAAAAGCUUACUUGGUCAAAAACAAGCCACCUCAACGUCUAACAUGGCUGACUGUAUCGACAGUUUUCCAGAGGGAUGAAACACCUUGUUCCUCACCCGAAAAGGUGGCAAUGCUAGAUGGUGCUCGCAAGGACAAAACUCUCCCCAACUCAAGGGAUGAAACAUUUAUGCGAAGAAUGUCCUCAGUUGGAAAAAAGUCAGUACAGACCAUUUCCAAUGAACAGAGAGCCUCGAAGGUCCUAGGGAUUGUGUUUUUCCUUUUUUUGGUUAUGUGGUGUCCCUUUUUUAUUACAAAUAUAACUUUAGUUUUGUGUGAUUCCUGCAACCAAACUACUCUCCAAAUGCUCCUGGAGAUAUUUGUGUGGAUAGGCUAUGUUUCCUCAGGGGUGAAUCCUUUGGUUUAUACCCUCUUCAACAAGACAUUUCGGGAUGCAUUUGGCAGAUACAUCACCUGCAAUUACCAGACUACAAAGUCGGUAAAAACUCUUAGAAAAUGUUCCAGUAAGAUCUACUUCCGGAAUCCAAUGGCAGAAAACCCUAAGUUUUUCAAAAAACAUGGAAUUCGGAAUGGGAUUAAUCCUGCUAUGUACCAGAGUCCAAUGAGGCACCGUAGUUCAACCAUUCAGUCUUCAUCAAUUAUUCUACUAGAUACACUCCUCCUCACUGAAAAUGAAGGUGAUAAGACUGAAGAGCAAGUCAGUUAUGUAUAGCAAAACUGGCAUGGUUUUCAUCUAGCGAACAUGAUGAUGAGUGAGAUGAUGAAUGUGAUGUAAAUGUACCAAGAAUCCUACAAAGAACAACUUUAUGUCAUAUAUCGAAUCAUCUCUUUAACUUAAGAGUUAAGUAUUAAGAUUAUCUAAUUUUCCUUAUUUGGACAAAAUUACUCCAAGAAAAUAAUUUUAUAUAAAUAAGAACAACCCAGUAAUCAGUUAAAUGUCAGGUAUUCAAAAGAAAUCAAAUAAAACAAUAAAUUUUAGGUUU